CAUAUGAUUGUUCAGGCCUACAUGAAGACCUUCAUGCGGCUUAAGACAAAGGAUUUAAUUCCACUAAACAAGGCGAUUGAUGUUGCAGUUCAAACCUACCUUUCCAAGAUACUGAAGGAUAACAAUCCGACGGUGGCUCGCGAAGCCGUGUUUGUUCUGAUACGCCUUUUUAAGAAGAACGUAUGGAAUGACUCUCGAACCGCUAACCUCAUAGGUGAAGCGUGUCUGGCAAAGCGAAAGAAGGUCUACGCUCCGGCUGUGCGCUUCUUUUUGGGCCAAGAUGUGGCAGCUGAUGGAAAUGACAGCGAUAGCGAAUCUGAUAGCGACACGAAAGAGACAAAAAUAAAACAACUACGUCUAGGGCACCGCGUGGGAUGCAAGACAAAGCGACGCGAGAAACGCUUGGAACGGAACAUAAAGAACGUGAACAAGGCUGAAGAGCGAAAAUCAUCAAAAAAAUCAGGCCUAACAAACUUGGCUGCAAUCAAUUUAUUGCAUGAUCCACAAACGUUCGCUGAGCGACUUCUGCGCAAACUCGANCGAUGUGGUGAUCGAUUCGAGAUCCGCUUGUUCCUCUUAGAUCUGAUCACCCGCCUCGUUGGAUUCCAUAAGUUAAUUCUACUGAACCUUUAUCCGUUCUUACAACGAUUCCUACGACCUCACCAACGUGAGGUGACGCGGCUACUCCUUUUCUCUGCUCAAGCCAGUCACGAUGAAGUCCCACCUGAUGUAAUAGAGCCAAUAGUGCGAACAAUCGCUGAUAACUUCGUGACUGAACGAGCAUCUUCGGAAGCAAUCGCCGUCGGUUUGAAUGCUAUUCGAGAAAUCUGUGCCAGGUGUCCUUACGCAGUGAAUGAAGAUAUGCUUUCGGAUUUGAUUCAAUACAGAACAUAUAAGAACAAGAACGUAGUUGCCGCGGCUCGCUCUGUGAUCCGGUUAUAUCGGCAGGUCAGUGGUUCUGAGUGUCUUCCAUUCGCAACUACAUCUCAUCUAAAGCACGGAUCUCGGAUGGGGUCGGCAUGCAUACAGAACUACCGCUACAAAGGGUCGAGUGUAUAUUUCAGCUUUGCAGCUGGUCCUACAGUAUGGUCUAGACGUAAGAAAUUUACGAGAACAAUAUAA